CACGUGACUUCUAAAAUUACAUAAUCGAGCAGAAACCCUAAGACUCACAACACGAUCCGGUUGCUAGACAGAUGAUCUGGUGAACACACAUACACCUUUUUGAAUGAGCAGAUGGAGUGCUCGACGGUGGUUCAGUGGGUCGAUUGAUGAUAUGUCUGGAUAUUGUUAGUGUGGAUUACUGUGUUUUCUUAACAGCAAGGCUGUGGCUAAGAAAAUAUACCUCGCAUCCCUCGAUCGAGAAAGCGCAGAUCAAGACAUCAGAACCAACAGCGAGAUUCAAAAGCAAUGCAUUUCUUCGCGGUACUUGUUCAGAUUGUGCUCUACGCAUGUACAUCUGCAGUUCUGCUUUGUAAAUUUGUCCCCGGCAUGCGAUAUCUGCUGCAGUACGGAAAAGUGCUCUCUUCAGAUUCAGAUCCUAAAGCAACACCAUCAACCCCAUCGUCGACUUUAUCCUCGCUUCUUCUCUGGCCUCUUAACGCGACUGUGCCGAAAGCAUGGUUUUAUCACUUCUACAUCUCCGGCACGCUUGUCUCUCUGCUUGCUAUCACUCUGCUCCAUCUAGCACGCUCAGGAGUGUGGUCUGCUCCCGUGUGGUUAUUACUUUCCAUCGACAACUACCUCUCAUCUGCAGAGUCCCUUCUCCCGUACAGCGCACCCACCGGAUAUGUGCUCCUGGACAAACUUCUGGAUUUGAUGAAACAUUUGAUUUCCAGUCUAUCGACCUACGGAGAGAGCGUACAUGUGUCGUACGAGAGUGCGCAGGCGGCACUCUUUAUGUUUAUGCUGCAAUCCCUUCGUCGAUGGUAUGAGUGCCUUUACGUCGAAAAAAUGAGCCAGGUUGCACGCAUACGACUUGGACACUAUAUCGUCGGCCACCUAUUCUACUUUGCAGCCUCUUGCGCUCUAUGGUGCGAUGCUCUCGAGGAUGCUUUACUACCAAGCAGCAGAAGCAGCAGCAAGUCGUUCGGCACACUUGGCUUUGCAAUCAGUCUGGGCCUGUACGCGACAGCAGGACUUUCGCAGUACAAAGCUCAUGCCGUACUAGCCAGUCUGAAAAAAUACUCUCCACCGCCCGCUUCGUCGCUGCUGUUUCGAUAUCUAGUCUGCCCGCACUACGGAGCCGAAGUGAUUGUAUAUCUUUCACUAGCCAUCGUGUGCGGACUGACGCCGGCGACGGUCGCCGUCGUGGUAUGGACUUUUGUGAAUCUCUCCGCCUCGGCAGAGCAGUCGCGCGCCUUUUAUGUCAAGCGGUUUGGCGAGCAAUCGGUUGCUGGGAAAUGGAGCAUUCUCAUCGGCUUCUGACCUCUCCUGCUGAUCAACAACACGAUCUUGUAUAUAUAUAUUUCUUUGCUACUGCUGCUACUGCUCCUGUGGUUAUGAAAAGAUAGAACUAAAAAUAGUGACGGAAACACAAUGAAAUGCAAAUCGACAAACAUCCGGCGGCAUUAAGUUUUUGCUGCAAGCACGACACAGGCCUCCAAGUGCUCCACGAGCAGCGCGCUUCCGCGGGCAAGCGUGGAAGUGCAUCGACUUAUCUGCAAAGCGCUUGCCAGACUCAAUCGGACUUUUUGAUUACUGUCGUCUGCGAUGUGUA